AUGAAAAUGAGUUCAAUUAACUUGAAUGUACCAAACACAGAACAAAUUCUUUUACUUUUAGAAGACCUGUGUAAUCUUUCCUAUCCUGAAGUGCAACAAAAAUUAAACAGAUACAUACAAACUGCAACGAAUACAGAACUGGUAUUUCUUGUACCAAUUAUAGUAAAAUCAGAAGAAAUGGUAAUUCAUGUGAUAGGAGAAAAAAUUUUAGAUAGAGAAUUAAGGUUUCCUGUAUCAAAUAAUAUUUUAUAUAAAACUGUACAAAAUAAAAAACCAACUGCUAUAGAUAUAACAAUGCUAGAUGAAGAAUUAUUACGUCAUCUGCAGCCAGUAUGUCCAAUGUCAAAUUCUUUUUUAACAAUUCCUAUACAACAUCCUAAGCAGAAUUACAUAGCUUUGCUAGUUUCUUUAAUUGAUAAUGAUACCAAAAAUGAAACUACAUGUAAAUGUGCAAUAGUACAAGAAUGUUUUAGAUUUUGCCUAGGAUUUCUUCUAAAUUCAUUUACAUGUCACGAAGAAAUUCGAUUGAAACACCAGUGUCAAAAGUUGCUUGCUGUUUCUAGAAAACUUUUUAUACAUUUGGGAGACUUUUCUGAUUUAUUGCGAGAAAUAAUGGCAGAAGCUAGAAAACUAACAAAUGCAGAACGCUGUUCGUUAUUUUUAUUAGAUCCUGAUCAACAAGAUCUAGUUGCUAAAGUAUUUGAUGGUAUUGCUAUGAAAGAAUCUCUAAAGGAAAUGCGAAUACCAAUAGGACAAGGUAUAGCAGGUCAUGUUGCAACUACUGGAAAAUUACUUAAUAUUAGAAAUGCAUAUGAACAUCCUCUUUUUUAUCGAGGUGUAGAUGAAGUAACAGGCUUUAGAACUAGAAAUAUUUUAUGUUUCCCAAUUAGAGAUGAAAAUGAGAUUGUUGGAGUUGCACAGCUUUGUAACAAAAAGGAUGGAUUAUACUUUGAUGUUUUUGAUGAAGAGGUUGCAACAGCAUUUAGUAUUUAUUGUGGUCUUUCUAUAAUGCAUAGUAUAGUUUACAAAAAAAUGCAAGAUGCUCAAGCAAGAAGUAAACUUAGCAAUGAAGUAAUGAUGUAUCAUAUGAAGGUGGAAGAAGAAACUGUUCAAGCAGUAUUAAGUUGUAAGGAUGAACAUAAUAUAAAAGACUUCAAUAAAUUUCAGUUUAGUCCAAGAUGUGUACCUUAUAAACAUAUGCCUUGUUAUACAAUCAAAAUGUUUAAUGAUUUAGGUCUUAUUAAGUAUUGGAAACUAAAGAUUUCAACUUUAGCAAGGUUUAUAUUAUAUGUAAAAAAAAGGUACAGAGAUGCACCAUAUCAUAACUGGAUACAUGCAUUUUCUGUGACACAUUUUGCAUACCUAUUAAUAAAAAAUUUAGAUCUUAUUAAUGAGAAUUAUAUGACCCAUUUAGAAGCUUUAGUUUUUCUAGUGUCUUGUUUGUGUCAUGAUAUAGAUCACAGAGGAACAAACAAUUCAUUUCAAACUAAAAGUUCUACAGUUUUAGCUAGUCUUUAUAGUUCUGAGGGUUCUGUAAUGGAGAGACAUCAUUUGGCACAGACUAUGUGUAUUUUAAAUACAGAAGGUUGUAAUAUAUUUGAGAACUUCAACAGUGAGGAGUACAUUGAAGCAUUAGAUCUACUGAAAAACAAUAUACUUGCAACUGAUCUAGCAUCUCAUUUCCGAACAAUGGAAGAACAAGAAAAAAUGAUUAGAAAUAAAUUUGAUAGAAAUGACCCUGAACAAAGGAAGUUAUUCUUCAAUAUGCUUAUGACGUGUUGUGACCUUAGUGAUCAGACUAAACAUUGGAAAGUUUCUAAAAAAACUGCAGAAAAAAUUUAUGACGAAUUUUUUUCACAAGGAGAUUUAGAGAAAAGUAUGGGUAGUUCUCCCAUAGAAAUGAUGGAUAGAGAACGUGCAUCUAUACCAGACCUUCAAGUUCAAUUUAUUACAAAUAUAGUUCUUCCACUUUAUAUUAAUCUUUCUACAUUAUUUCCGGUGAUACACCAACUUGUUGAAGUGCUGAAAGAAAAUCGAGCUUUAUGGGAAGAAUCUAAAAGUAUAUUCCAAAAAUAUAUGAAAACCGGAAUGAAAGGUAUUGAUAUCCUAUUAUUAUCUACCUUUGAGGAAGAAGUAUUACAACUUUAUACUCAAGGCAAUAAAAAUAUUUCAAGAAAUUCUACUAUUAAGUUAAACGAAACUAUAAAUAAUAGUACAUAUACAAUAUAA